UGCUUUUGAUGCAGCUGAAAGAGAAUCUUGCAAUACGAUCAUUACAAUUAAUAAUACUCGUAUCACCUAUGACAUCGUGAUGGAACAUGGAGUAGCGUUAGAAACAACUUUACCCGAUGGUUGUAUGAUAAAGGUUUUGCGCGAUUCCAAUAGCAUUUAAUACAUUUUGAAGGACAAGGCAUCUAAACGGGCGAUAUCGACAAUGACCGGAAUUGUACGAGCAUAUCGUGCACGUGUGUGUAAAAAAUAUUCCAAUUUACUAAAAUUUAAAUUUCAUCUUAAACAUCCGCUAGAACGAGAAGAUGUGGUCUUUAUCUGCGCCGUUACUUUGGCUGAGAUGGCAAAGGAUCGCGAUGGUUUUCGGAUAUGGGUGGAAACAAGAAAAUUAAGAAAAAUACUUGAAAAAAACUUGCAAAGAGCUCCUAGUAGUAGCAAGGGUCAAAAGUUAUGGAAAAAAUAUAAUUUUGUUAUUUUUUUAAUGUUAUAAACAAUAAAUUUGGGUAACAAAUACUUUUGUUAGCGCAUAACUGACCUAUGUGUUAUGCAUAAAAAAUAAGUAUUUGUUACCCAAAUUUAUAUUUUAUAACAUUAAAGCAAUAACAUUAUUAUAUUUAUACACUGAACAGGGUAUAUUAAGUUUGUCACGAUGUUUGUAACACCCAGAAGGAAGAGUCGGAGACCCUAUAAAGUAUAUAUAUAAAUGAUCAGUAUGUUGAGCUGAGUCGAUUUAGCCAUGUCCGUCUGUCUGUCCGUCCGUCCGUCCGUCUGUAUAUAUGCGAACUAGUCCCUCAGCUUUUAAGAUAUCCUUUUGAAAUUUUGCAAACGACAUUUUCUCUUCAAGAAGCUGCUCAUUUGUCGGAAUGGCCGAUAUCGGACCACUAUAACAUAUAGCUGCCAUACAAACUGAACGAUCGGAAUCAAAUGCUUGUAUGGAAAACUUUCACAUUUGACAAGAUAUUUUCACGAAAUUUAGUAGAGAUUAUUUUCUAAGACAGCAGGGUAAUCUCCGAAGAAAUUGUUCAGAACGGAUUACUAUAGCAUAUAGCUUCCAAACUAAACACAUAGUUACUAACAGAAAUGCACCUGUGAAGGGUAUUUAGCUUCGGUACAACCGAAGUUAACGUUUUUUCUUGUUUUUCCAUAACUUAACAGACAGUAAAGAGAUUUGAUAACAAACUCUGUUUAAUUCUGUUAAAACAAAACAACAUGCCAUAUUUGUCAUUAGUUAGAGCGAGAAAACAAUUGAACUUCAAGUGGCGACACAUAUGUACAAAUCUACGAUGAACAAAAUUAAGAAAAGUUUAACGUUUACAAAAGUGAACAAUAACAAGUCACUUACACGUUUGCUCCGUCUUCCGGGGAGUUAAAUGGUCUACCUGGAUAGAAUAUACAAAUUUUCUAUAAUAGAAUAUAUGCGAGCGGAAAUAAAAAAUAAACAUAGUAAAUAUUGAUGUAGUUUUUGACAAUACGCAACUCAUAUUGGUGAAUAUGAAAUACCGCAACCCUGAUUCACCAUAGACAGCCAUGUUAAUUUUUGUUAAAAAUUUAAGGUUUCGCUACUUCUUUGUACAUUGAGGAUUGUUCUUUGUGAUAACAUUUGAUGUGUAUUUUGUGGGAUUAAAAUAAUUUUUAAUAUGUUUUGCAAACUUUGUGUCAAAUAUUCAGAUGGUUUGCUAGGCAUAUUCAAAGAAGAAGGUGUUCAAAUGGGUAUUGCUGAUAUUAUCGGGUUACACUUUUGGUUUAAGUUACAUUCUGAUGAUGACAUAUAUGCAGCGAUUUGUCCAUCGUGCUGGUUAAAAUUAAACAACUUUCACCAAUUUUAUAAGAUGGUAGAACAGGCUCAUUCGGUACUUGCUGAUAACAGCAUUAAAAAGGAGCCCCUAAGUGAAUUAAUGGACAUUGAAUUUAUUGAUCCUGAUCUAAGUAUUAAAGAAGAACCAGAUGAAAAAACAAAUUCGAAGGCUAAAAAGUCAACAGACAACUCGAGUGAGGAUAUAAACCAAUUUUGCGAACUAGAAAUGCCCUCUUCAAUUAGUAACGAAGCAACAAAUACUGAAACGGACUUGCUAAAUCCUUUUAGUGAACUAAGCUCCCAUAAAAUAAAAAAUGACAUUUUCGAGAAACUUGAAUCUAAGAAUGAUGCAAACAAUUUGCCUAAGGUUGCAGACAUGAAAUCAACAAAUUCAGAAAUCCGAAAGAAGCAAAAAUACGUAACACGGAAAUUUUUAAGCUCUAAAAAAAUGAAGCGUAAAAAUGAAAGAGAUAAAUCUACAAAACCAAAUGAUUGUCCGAAAAAGAUGAAAGGUCGAUCAAGUAUUAAAUCAAGUUCGGAAGACAAAGAGAUGGUUAAAAAAUACAUUCCUAUGAUCUGCGAGUUGUGCACAUUUAUCAGCGAGGACUAUUCUUCAGUUAGGAAACACUUCAGAAAACAGCAUCCAAAAAUAAAAUCAUACGUAAGAUGUUGCAAUAAAAAAUUAUUUCACCCUCUUGAGAUCGUACGUCACGCGUAUAAACACGACAAUCCUGAGUUUUUUAGGUGUAAAGACUGUAAAAAAAAUUUUGCGGAACAGUCAACACUCUCCCGUCAUAUGAUAACUGCCCAUGCACCAGAGGAGGAACUAAAUUACAAUUGUGAUCAAUGUCCUAAGAGAUUUCCUUGCCAAAAGAAACUUGAAAUUCAUAAGAACUCGCAUGUGCCCCAGAACGAGCGAAUAUUCGUUUGUGACCUAUGUCCUAAUAGUCGCUUCGCCAGUAAUGACCUUUUGAAAAUUCACGUAUGCAUGCGGCACCGUCGACCAACCAAUGUUUGUCAUGUGUGCGCUAAAGAGAUACGGGAUAAAGCGUCAUUUGAAAAGCAUGUACGGUCUCAUUUCGAUGAUGGUGGUCCGAAGGUAAAAUGCACAUUGGAUGGUUGUGAUCGUUGGCUCAAGGAUGAAGAUAAUCUUCGACGACAUAUACGAAGAUUACAUACCAAAGAUCAAAAAGCGGUCACGUGUGAAACAUGCGGACGGGAAUGUAAAAAUCAAGAUGCUUUAACAAGACAUAAAUAUCGGGUUCAUUCAAAUGUCGUAUUUACCUGCGAGGAAUGCAAAAAGACUUUUAAGCGAGCGAUUUAUUUGCGGGAACAUAUGGCACAACAUACUGGUGAAAUUCUUUACAAAUGUCCAUUUUGUACGCGUACUUCCAAUUCAAAUGCAAAUAUGCAUUCGCAUAAAAAGAAAAUGCAUCCCCUAGAAUGGGAGAAUUGGAAAAAAACAAAUAAUGGAAGUUCACAGCAGAUAUUGAGUAAUCAACAGGAAAAUACACAAAACUUGUAUUCAUUAUAUAACAAUUAAUACAUAAUCAUAGUGAAUGUUUUUGCAUUAAAUAUACAUACAUUUGUAUUUAUAUGUACAGUUAGUAUAAUAGCUCUUGGCUAUGGCUAUUUUAUUACUAUUAAAUAUGUCUUAUGACUCGAUAUUUUAUGUCACAAAUA